GUGGGGCGGGGGCGGGGGGGAUGGAGUGGAAGCGAUUCCCCGCCCCCGCGCUCCUCUCCUGUCAGCGCCACCCGCCGCCGCCGCCGCCGCCGCCGGGAGUCCGCUGUCUUGUUCCCGCGUCGCGGAGCCGCGAUGGCCAAGCACAGCUCGCUGUCCAUCCGCAUCGUGGAAGGGAAGAACCUGCCUGCCAAGGACAUCACCGGAAGCAGCGACCCCUACUGCAUCGUGAAGGUGGACAGUGAGCCCAUCAUCAGGACGGCCACUGUGUGGAAGACCCUGUGCCCCUUCUGGGGCGAGGAGUACCAAGUGCACUUGCCGCCCACCUUCCAUGAUGUGGCCUUCUACGUCAUGGAUGAGGAUGCUCUCAGCCGGGACGAUGUUAUCGGCAAGGUCUGCCUCACGAGGGACACGCUGGCCUCACUCCCCAAGGGUUUCACCGGCUGGGCCCACCUGACUGAGGUUGACCCGGACGAGGAGGUGCAAGGCGAGAUCCAUCUACGGUUGGAGGUGCUGCCAGGGGCCCGGGGCUGCCGGCUGCGCUGCUCUGUACUGGAGGCCAGGGACCUAGCCCCAAAGGACCGGAAUGGUGCAUCUGACCCUUUUGUCCGAGUGCGCUACAACGGCCAGACACGGGAGAGCUCGGUGGUAAAGAAGUCCUGCUAUCCACGCUGGAACGAGACGUUUGAAUUUGAGCUGGAGGAGGGGUCCACAGAGGUUCUGUGUGUGGAGGCCUGGGACUGGGACCUGGUCAGCCGAAAUGACUUCUUGGGGAAAGUGGUAGUCAAUGUCCAGAGAGUGCGUGCAGCCGAGCAGGAGGAGGGCUGGUUCCGGCUGCAGCCCGACCAGUCCAAGAACCAGCGGGCUGAGGGCAACCUGGGCUCCUUGCAGCUGGAGGUUCGGCUGCGGGACGAGACAGUGCUGCCCUCCAGCUGCUAUCAGCCCCUGGUGCAGCUGCUGUGCCGGGAGGUGAAGCUGGGCACCCAGGGUCCAGGGCAGCUGAUCCCUGUCAUCGAGGAGACCACCAGCACUGAGUGCCGCCAGGAGGUGGCCACCAACCUGCUCAAGCUCUUCCUGGGGCAGGGGCUGGCCAAGGAGUUUCUGGAUCUGCUCUUUCAGCUGGAGCUGGGCCGCACCAGUGAGGCCAACACCCUGUUCCGGAGCAACUCUCUGGCCUCAAAGUCCAUGGAGUCUUUUCUGAAGGUGGCAGGGAUGCGGUAUCUGCACGGCGUCCUGGGCCCCAUUAUUGACAGGGUGUUCGAGGAGAAGAAGUACGUGGAGCUGGACCCCAGCAAAGUGGAAGUUAAGGAUGUAGGGUGUUCCCGGCUGCAUCGUCCACAAAGCGAGGCCGAGGUGCUGGAGCAGAGCGCGCAGACGCUGCGCGCCCACCUGGGGGCACUGCUGAGUGCUCUCUGCCGCUCGGUUCGCGCUUGUCCAGCUGUGCUCCGCGCCACCUUCCGCCAGCUGUUCCAGCGAGUGCGCGAGCGCUUCCCUGGCACACAGCAUGAGAACGUGCCUUUCAUCGCUGUUACCAGCUUCCUGUGCCUGCGCUUCUUCUCUCCCGCCAUCAUGUCGCCCAAGCUCUUCCACCUGCGCGAUCGCCACGCAGACGCCCGCACCAGCCGCACCCUGCUCUUGCUGGCCAAGGCAGUCCAGAAUGUGGGCAACAUGGACACGCCGGUUGCCAGGGCCAAAGAGGCCUGGAUGGAGCCGCUACAGCCUACUGUGCGCCAGGGUGUGGCGCAGCUGAAGGACUUUAUCACCAAGCUCGUGGACAUCGGGGAGAAGGAGGAGCUGGACCUGCAGCGGACUCUGAGUUUGCAGGCGCCCCUGGUGAAGGAGGGGCCGCUCUUCAUCCACAGGACCAAGGGCAAGGGCCCCCUUGCAUCCUUCUCCUUCAAGAAGCUCCACUUCUCCCUCACCACUGAGGCCCUCAGCUUCGCCAAGACACCCAGCUCCAAGAUUGCUCGUGUCAUUCCCACACACAGGAGUGCAGUCACAUGCCAGGUUCUCCCCGAGUGCUGCCUGGCCUUGGGGUCCCCACAACUGCCAGGGGAAGGAGGAAGCCUGGGGCCACCAGGGAGGCAGGAAUCCCGAAUCCUAGUGCUGGAAGGGAUCGCAGAGAUCUUGUCUGGGUCGCAGAUCACCUCACCAAGAUUCCUGAAAGUCUACAUCUCUGACGACAGGGCGCUCACUAUGGCAAACAUAGCUUAUUCCAUCUGUAGCUCUCUGUUAGAAAGUUCUUUAUGCCUAGCAUGGUGGUGCCUGCCUGUAAUCCCAGCACUUGGGAGGCUGAGGCAGGAGGAUUGUCAGUUCAAGGCCAGCCUGGGCUACAUAGUGAGACCGUGUUGAGAGAGAACAGAAAGAGAUUGAUUUACCUUGAACUGAAGUCAGCUUUCUGUGGUUUUCUCCUCUGAUCUCUGCUCGGUUCCUCUGCCCUCAUGUGGCAGAGACCACAGGCCCAAGUGUGGUCUCCAGAACCCCAGAACCCCUGAGCUUUUUACUUAUUCCCCUAGGGAUGGAUACCAAAGCCCCUUUCUCUGUCUUCCUGGCCUACUUUAAUUUUCCAAGGCCCCUCUUAGACUGUGGUCUCCAGAACCGUGCACAGCACCAUGGGCAUUAUUGGAACACUGAAUAGCAGGAUAGGCCGGUGGUAGUGAACCUAUGGCAUGAGUGCCACAGCAGGCUGUUUAUUAUCAUUGAAAGCUGUAAAAGUUUUGCCAUCACUGGAAUAGGCAGUCACUUCCCUGCUUCCGGUCACUAUACUUGUGUUAAUAUAGUAUCUUUUUUGUUACUAUAUCUCACAGUGGAGUUACAUUCAGUCUUCUAAAGCCCAAGUGAUUUUUUUUUUUUUGGUACUGGGGAUCGAACUCGGGUCCUUGCACUUGCGCAGCAGGCUGCGAAACCACUGAGCUAAAUCCCCAGCCCCUCAAGUGAUUUUUUAUUUUUCUCUAAAAAUAGUAGUUAUGGUGGUGCAUGCCUGGAAUCCCAGCAUGGGGGCUGGAGGCUGAGGCAGGAGAAUUGCAUUGAGUAAGACCCCAUCUAAAGAAGAAAAACCUCAAAAUACUAGAGCUUAGUAUUUGUUCCUCUUAUUUGUUUUCUGGUAUUAGCCCUUCACGCUGAGCUAUAUCUCUAGCCCCCUAUUUUACUAUUUAUUUAUUUGUUACCAGGGAUCGAACUUGAGACCUUGCGCUUUCGAGCCAUGUGGUGGAACCACUGAGCUAAAUCCCUGGCCCCUUACUUUUUAUUUUGAGACAGGGUCUUGCUAGUGGCUCAGUUGCCCAAAUUUCCAUCCUCCUGCCCCGGCCUCCCAGAGUGCGAGGAUGACAGGUGUGGACCACCGCAUCCAGCUGUAGCUCCAGUAUUUAUUUCUCUUAAACUUG